UAUAGCUACAGUGAUCAUAUUAGCUGCUGACAGCAGAGAGAAAGCUUCUCAUCUUGCGUGAGAUAGAAGGAGAGAUAAAGAGGAAGGCAGUGGAAGAGAAGGUGGAGUGGAGCCCCACGCUGCCCAUCCUCACACUUCUUUCUGCAGCUGUGUGAGGCUGAGAUUUGCUCAACACGGAGAGGGAAGGAGAGAGAGAGAGAGAGAGAGAGAGAGAGAGAGAGAGAGAGAGAGAGAGCGCACAUCUGAGUCUCGUGGAAGCAGCAGGGAAACGUACCACUUGCCAGAGAAAUCUACGCACUCGCGUGGAGCCACACAGGGAGGCUGAGUGGCGCAUAGGACGUCCGCGCAACGCCGCAAAGAGAGUGACCACAGCAGCAGCAGCCAGGGGAAGAAACUGCCCUAGACAGAUUUCAAAGCCGUCAGCUGGUCACCCAGAGCAGAUUUUCAUCGUUGCUGUCGCCAUUUGUUCCUGUAGACACCGCUAUCUCAGACCGGCAGGUGCAGAGUCCCACAGAGAGACUGGGCGCAGAGGAAAAAGUCUUAGCAAACAACUGCGGCAAAGAUUGUUCCCAGCAUGCCACUGGCAGAGCAGCAUCACCUGGCCACAAUGUCAGCAACUACCUGGAUCCUGGCCUUGGCUGUGCUACUUGCUUUGCAGGGCGCUGCUCACGCUGCUCCAUCAGGAGACAACAAGCUUGUUCGAACCAGCCGAGUGAAGAGGCAGACCCCAGGGGGGGAUCAGCCUCCCUCUGCUUCCUCAGCAAACCAGACCCUGAAGGAACAACCUUUGAUCUUUAACCAUGUCUACAACAUCAAUGUACCCUUGGAGUCACUGUGUUCUGUUGACCUGGACGCCUCUGCAGCACCAGCCCCAGAUUCCCAUGCAGAGUUAGGAUCCAGACCCUCAGUGGAGGGUCCAAUGGAUCCAGAUGGUUCUGGGCCAACAGAAUUCACAGAGCAGACACUGGACGCUGACAGCCAGGUAACGUUUACGCACCGCAUCAACAUCCCGAAGGCAGCAUGUGGUUGUCCAGCAACAAUGGCGAUCCAGCAGUUAGCCACUAGAGUGGAGAUGUUGGAGCGAGAAGUUUCCAUGCUCAGGGCUCAAUGUGGAUCUGGAUGUUGUGGAGAAAGUUCUGCAAUGGGGCAUCUGGACUUUAUCCCAAGCUGCAGCGGUCAUGGAAGCUUCAGCUUUGAUUUGUGUGGCUGCAUCUGUGAGGAAAGUUGGACGGGGAAGAACUGCUCUGAGCCUCGCUGCCCUAAUGACUGCUCUGGUCAGGGCAUGUGCAUUGAAGGGGAAUGCGUGUGUGACCGUGACUUUGGAGGUGACAACUGCUCUGAGCCACGCUGCCCUUCAGAUUGCUCAGGCCGUGGUUUAUGUAUUGACGGCGAGUGCGUGUGCGAGGAGUCCUUCACGGGGGAAGACUGCAUGGUUGGAAGGUGUCUCAACGACUGCUCGGAUCAGGGGAUGUGCAUCAACGGGACUUGCCAAUGCCGACCCGGUUAUGUGGGAGAAGACUGUUCGAUGGUCUACUGUGCCAACAACUGCAGUAAGAAAGGAAUCUGCAAAGAGGGUUUCUGUGUCUGCCAGGAUGGCUUCGCUGGAGAUGACUGCAACUCUGUGGCUCCAGCUAUGAACCUGAACGUGCGAGGAGUGACGGAUCACACCAUCAACCUGGAGUGGGAAGGGUCAAUCAUGAUCACAGAUUUCUUAGUGACCUACACACCAAGCACACCAGGAGGUGUGCAGCUCGAAAUCAGGAUUCCAGGGAACGCCACCAGCUGCUCCAUUUCAGGGCUGGAGGCAGGCUUGGAGUACAACAUCAAUGUGUUUGCUGUCAUCAACAACACUAUCAGCAUUCCAGCCAGUAUUACUGUGUGGACCUAUCUCUCCAAUCCUGAUGGUUUGCUCUUCAAAUCCAUCACAGAGACGUCAGUGGAGGUCCAGUGGAAUCCUUUUUAUUAUUCCUUUGACGGAUGGGAGAUUAGCUUCAUUCCCCAGGAUAAUGAUGGAGGGAUGACUGCACAGUUGCCUAGCACUAUCAAUUCAUUUGUACAAACUGGCUUGAGACCUGGAGAAGAAUACACAGUUAACCUGGUGGCGCUCAGAGACCAGGGUCGAAGUCAGCCUGUUACUGCUACUUUCACAACAUUGAUUGAUGGUCCUACCCAGCUGAUUGUGCGGGAUGUGUCAGAUACCGUUGCAUUUGUGGAGUGGACGCCACCAAAGGCAAAGAUAGAUCAGAUUGUGUUGCGUUAUGGUCUUUUGGGAGGAGAAGGGCCACGAACCACAUUCCGUCUCCAACCCACCCUGAGACAGUACUCUCUACAGGUUCUCCGUCCCGGCUCACGAUAUGAGGUGUCUGUGAGCGGAGUAAGGAAAGGAAACGAGAGUGGAUCUAUUUCCACCCAAUUUACAACUGCUUUAUCGUUCUUCUCAGAGAUCGAUGCCCCAAAGAACUUACGGCUCGUAUCGAAGACCUCCACCACCCUUGAGCUUGAGUGGGAUAACAGUGAGGCCGAGGUGGAUGCCUACCAGGUGGUCUACAGCACUUUAGCCGGAGACCAGUAUGAUAAAGUCAUCGUACCUCGCAAUGAGGGUGCAACAACAAAAACUACUCUCACGGAUCUGCUGCCAGGCACAGAGUAUGGAAUUGGCAUUUCUGCCAUGAAAGGCAGCAACCAGAGUACACCAGCAACAAUGAAUGCCAGGACCGGUUUGGAUGAACCAAUGGAUCUAACAGUGACAGCUUCUACUGACAAGACCAUCACUCUGGUGUGGGGCGCAGUCCAGGGUCCAAUUGACCUCUACAAGAUCACUUACACUUCUUCCUCUGGCGUCACUUCAGAGCUGACAGUACCCAAAGAUGUAACCACCACCACUCUGAUAGACCUGGAGCCUGGAACUGAGUACACCAUUACUGUAGCAGCAAGGAGAGGAAGACAGCAGAGCAAUGCAGCUACUAUAGACGCCUUCACAGGAAUCAGGCCGGUAACCCACCUCUACUUAUCAGAGGUGACUUCAGACUCAGUGUCAGUGGCAUGGAGCGCCCCAGCACCACCUGCUGACCUCUUCAUUUUGAGCUACAGUUCUGCUGACGGGACUGACACCUCUAAGGUGACGCUGGAUGGCUCCAAGACCAGGUCACUAGUCCAGGGUCUGCUGCCAUCCACUCAUUACACCAUCAGUCUAAUCACAAUUCAGGGUGAUUCUACCUCUGAACCAAUUACAGCGUCUCUUGUUACAGGGAUGGAUCCACCAAAAGAGCUGACAGUGCUGGACGUGACUGAGGAUGUAGUGACCAUCAAUUGGAUCAAGCCACUGGCUCCAUUUGAGUAUUACAAGCUCUCCUACCAGUCAGCCAGAGGUCGAGUGGACAGUGUGAUGAUUGACAGCGAUGUGACAAACUACACCUUGUCCAGUCUGUUUCCUGCCACAGAGUAUGAGAUCAGCCUCAGUGCUGUCAGAGGAAGUCAGGAGAGCAAAGUUGUCAGUACAUCUGUUUUCACAGCAAUGGAUAUGCCAGCUGAGUUAACAGCUCUCAACAUCACCCCACAAGGAGCCUUGUUGAGGUGGAAACCACCGGUGUCCAAUGUUGACAACUAUGUGCUGACAGUCACACACAACCAGGUGACAGCUGAUACUUUCUUGGUGGAAGGCAACAAGCAGGAACACCAGCUUUCUAGUCUAAAACCAAUCACCACCUACUCUGUAGCUCUCUAUGCCACUAAAGGACCACUAACAAGCGGCACCGUCAUAACCAAUUUUCAGACACCCAUGGAUGCACCCGUGAACCUCACAGCCAGUGAAGUAAACCACCGCAGCGCUCUCAUUUCAUGGCAACCACCACUUGCAGAAAUUGACAACUACAUGCUCACCUACAGGUCAUCUGAUGGCAGCCGCAAGGAGCUGAUCCUUGAUGCAGAGGACAUGUGGAUUAGAUUAGAGGGAUUGGCUGAGAGUACAGAAUACACUGUCAAGCUUCAAGCUGCAAGAGGACUUGACACCAGCGCUGUUGUCUCCACUACCUUUACCACAGGGAGUCGACUGUUUGCGACUCCUCAGAACUGUGCCCAACACCUGCUGAAUGGCGAGACACUGAGUGGCGUCUACACCAUUUACAUCAACAGGGACCCGAGCCAGGGUGUGCAGGUGUACUGCGACAUGAGCACUGAUGAAGGAGGCUGGAUUGUCUUUCAGCGUCGUCAGAAUGGCCUGACUGACUUUUCCAGGAAGUGGAGUGACUAUCGUGUUGGUUUUGGAAAUUUGGAGGAUGAGUUCUGGCUUGGUCUUGACAACAUCCACAGGAUUGCUUCUCAAGGUCGGUAUGAGCUGAGGAUUGACAUGAAGGACGGACAGGAGUCAGUCUAUGCAAAUUAUGACAAGUUCUCCAUUGGAGAUGCAAGAAACCUCUACAAGCUCAGGAUAGGAGAGUACAACGGCACAGCUGGCGACUCUCUGAGCUACCACCAGGGCCGGCCCUUCUCCACAAAAGACAGAGACAAUGACAUUGCUGUCACUAACUGUGCCUUGUCUUAUAAAGGAGCUUGGUGGUACAAGAACUGCCACCGUGCCAACCUCAAUGGCAAAUAUGGCGAGUCCAGACACAGUCAGGGUAUCAACUGGUACCACUGGAAAGGCCACGAGUUCUCUAUUCCAUUUGUGGAGAUGAAGAUGAGGCCAUUUAACUUCCGUAGCAUCAGCAGCAAGAGGAGACGGUCUGCUUCUGUAUAAACAUACCCCAUACCCAUCCCACAUUCAUGGGCAAAUGGAGUUUGGAGGAUUUUUAGCUUUUAUUUCUGUGUACCUCACUGACAGGCAGGCUGGAAAUAGCUCCAAAGAGUGAGUAAAUAGUUCAAACUGCUACUAAUAGUAAAAAUCAAGACCUAUAAAUUAAUAAAGUAACACACUACCAGUAUUUUUGUUUGUUUUAAAUUGUGGACGAUUUCAUAUAAUCACAGAAAUGCUGACACCACGUCCAGUCUGUCAGUCUUGGCUCCUGCCCAGCAUCUGCUGUCUUUCCCCUCUGUAUUUCUAUGUAAUCAACUGGAAGAUGCUGUUAUUUUGCUCUUUUAAAUCUUCUGAAUGACAAUGGUUCUGUUAAUUGUAAAAAAAAAAAAAAGGAAAGGCAAAUCAAUAUAGUUUGUUUCAAUCAUGAUAUGUCCUUGCAAGGAUUCUCUGAAAUGUGCUCAGAAAGGCUCUACAAAGCAAAAGCAAGCGCUGUUUCGCCAUAAAAAAUUAAAACUCUCAACUCAAACUAUUCUGUAUAUGCCCUUAAAAACCUUAACUGUAAUAUAUAUACAUAUUUAUAUAUUUUUUUAUAACUGAUAUAGUGUCCGAGCCCAUGUAAUGAUUUGAUGCCUUGAUUUUUGAUUCUUGACAAAGAGUACUUGAGUGUAAUAAGGAAAACUGGACACCAGUUUAACUUUUUCAUUCAAAAGCAAAACUGCAAAUCCAAAAUAGGUAUUAUGAGCGCAGUACACCAGCAACAGCUUCAUAGUCACCACUUUUAUACAUGUAAUGUUUGCUGUCCAUUAAAAUUUGUUGUGUGUUGACUACAUGUGGAAAAAGAAUGGAAAAUGUCUUCAGUUGUAAACUUGUUACUAGUAGCCACACUGGGACAGUUUUUGCACAGAGUGGAAACAAAGCAAAAUGACUGAUGUUUGUUCAGUUUCUUUAGCUAUUUGUAGCCACUUAAAUUUUAUUAACUUAGUACAUGUAUUUCUGCCCUCUUGCAGAUACUAGGAUUGCUUGUACAGAUGGUGUCAUUUGAUACAACAUAUAACCAAAGAUGUACACUGUAAACACUAGAGGAAACAGCUUAUCAGUCACAGAUUUCUUUAUAAAACUCCUUAAAUUGUUUUUGCAGGACUUAUUUUAGGUACUGCCACCUCUAAAUUUUAUAAUGAACAAAGCGUAGAUUUUAAGCUUCCUAUGGCCUGUGCAAACAGAAACUAAGAAACAGAGAGGUAGCUGGAGCAAAGCCCAGUCGUCCAUGUUCUUGUUGCUUCGCAUUUUAAGCUUCUCACUGAAACUGCAGUGGACGCUGUGAGGAAUGUGCUGGGUCUAGUUGGGUAUGGUAUGUCUAUACCAAAUGUGUUUUUCUCUUUGUUCAAUAGUUUUCUGGUCCGUUGGCUUACACGUGUACUUUCCUGUCUGAAUUUGAACAUAACUAAACACCAAAAUGAUGGCCAAAAAGGAUUUUUCUGUGUUGAUUAUUUUGUGUCACCAUCACUACAAGCAAUAUCUGGGCUUAGAUAUUUUCAUUUUUUCUUGAAAAGCUUAAAAAUGUGUUUUUUUGUUUUUGUUUUACUUCAAUUGACUACCCUUUUCUUUUCCUAUAUAUACACAUAAAUGCAAAUGUUCGUUUAGUCUUUACUCCUGAAAAAAAAAAGUAACUUGUCACCCUAUAAAAAAUUAACAGUAUGCUUGUGUAGAUAUGGCAUUGGAAUGUCUUUUGUUUGGUUCUCUAUUCAGUUGCAAAGCAAAGCAGAAAACAUUGAUGAGGAUUUGCAUUUUUAACCACUUUAUUUCUAACAAAUAUUGUGCAAAAGGAAAGGAUUUAGCAUGCUGCAUGUAAACUACACUGCAGCCAAAAGAAAAUGAGGAAUACCCUGGGACCGUGCUUCACUUUGAGUUGCUGCCAUGUUUCUUUCUUGAGCUGGGUUGCUCUUGCAAUGGUUUUAAAAGUGGAAGAAUUAUAAUCACCUUGUACAUCUUUAAGCUUUGUGUGUUUAUUUGUGUUAUGUUGUUGAGCUACUUCAGAAUCUCAUGCAAUAAAAGUUCCCAUAGUGCUUUAUAUUAGAGUAGAAAUGUAUGUCUGUACUUAUCUUAUUUGCUAGUUAGAUGAUGUUUCCCCUGCUGUGUUUUUUGUACAAAGAAACAGGACAGAAAAGAAACAGAAUGUAAUUUGUGUGUGGAUGGGGGGGGGGGGGGGGGGGUCCCUUAUUGUAAUAUACAGGUGCUCCUAAAUGCCUCACCAUUUGUUUUAUUGACAUUAGUUAUGAUUCCUUAUUUAGCUGUCAUACUUUUGCAAUAGUUUGUAAUAUUGCAUGGAAAAAAUAUGACGAUACAGCUGAUGUAUGGGUGGGUGUAAGCCACCCAAAAAAAAAAAAAAAAACUUCCUCUUUUAAGGAA